CUUGCCCUCUUCUGGGACUUCCAGACGACUUCAAAUAGUAUUUGGGCUGACAUAAUAAUGACAUCCAGUUUGAUGUCUUCAUUCAAAAAGCCUCUUUUUCGCAUAGCUUCUUUGCGCCUACUCUCGGAGCAAUUGCAUCUCAAUGUCCCCGGCCAACCGGGCUCGGUUCCGCCUCCACAAUGCAUCUUAGGGUUGCUCCGGUAUCGAUUCACUGGCUACACUGCGCCCUUGAGACCACAGAUCUGUUAA